AUGAUAAGUUUAAGUGACUUUCAGGUGUUAUGUCUUGAAAUCCUCUCGGGAAUAUGUUUGAUCAACGAUGGUCACGAGAAAGUGUUGCGUGCACUGAGUGAGGCGAGUGUGAUUCUCGGUGAGAGGACCCGAUUUCAGACGAUUCUCAACGAUCUACAUCGGAAUUACCGUUCUGAACGCGAAACCGAGCGAGUUCGCACGGCUGCUAUGAGCCUUAUUAACGCUCUGCUUAGUACUGGAUCAGCUGAAAAUUCCUUAGAGGUUCGUAUGCAUUUGAGAGUCGAAAUGCUAACGCUUGGUCUUCAAGGUGUACUCGAUUCAAUGCGGGACUCUUCAUCGUCGACACUUUCCGAUCAUAUCGAUUUUUUUGAAAUGAGUCGGCAAGACGACGAGCAAAAUUUCUUGAGAGAUGAAUCGCGGAGUUCUACACCAAUAGAUUUGGAUAGUGCAAGCGAGAUUGCCGAGUAUAUCGCCAACCGAUUGGCGUCAACUCUGGCUCUGCCACACUUCCUAUCAAUGCUUCAACAUCUUAUUCAUAUCCCUGUUGAUGAGAAAAGCAUUCACAUUUGGAGGCUAUUCGACAUGAUUCUACAACAGUUGAGCCUACAAACAACGCUGAAUGCAGUUGUAGCCGCAGAUUUAACACAGUCAGUCGUUCAGAUUGAUAUGGAUGAAGUUUUAUCAAGGUUACGAACUCAACACGAUUAUGAUAAACUGAAAGAAGCGCAUGAUGAUCUGGAAGAGGAACUGAGAAGAGAACGGAACAAUUCUUUAGAGCUACAAACUCGGCUAAGUGAUCCUGAUGGACAAUCCCUUUAUUCAAGGUCUUGUUCAGAUGAAUUCAUCUUUUUUAUUCUAAAUACCUCAAGUGCUCGAUUAAUUUUACUUGAAUAUUUCAGACUCAGUGGAGAGUCUUUCUCACCAAGCGAUCCCAGCCAUUCACCUCGGUCCUUAUCCCUACCACCGAUUUGUCCACCGAUUGGUGCUCCUCCACCGCCGCCUCCACCUACCUUGGAUCAACUGCGAACAUUUGGUGAUGGACAUGCGACAAGUAGACGUGGCGCUCAAUGCACACUGAAGAAGAAUGUGCCGAAACCGAGUGGUCCCAUGAAAUCGUUGAAUUGGACCGCAAUCGCUGACGACAAAAUAGCCGGUACGAUUUGGGAGAAGAUUGACGAAGAGAAAUUGUAUCAGCAGCUCGAUUUGGCCGAGUUAUCAGAGAACUUCUCGAUGGCAAAAGGUGUCGUUGAAGAAGCUGAAUCAGUGAGUGAAACGUUACGACGUCGAAGCAAAGGAUCGUCUGCUUCAGCGAUCAGCGUCAUCGAGCCAAGACGUGCACAAAACUGCACGAUAAUGCUGUCAAAGUUGAGGCUGUCCAAUAAACAAAUCAAGAAGGCACUCUUAUCAAUGGAUCAAUACGAUGAAUUACCUCGAGACAUGUUAGAACAGAUGCUGAAGUUCGUUCCGACCAAAGAAGAGAUUGCGCGUUUGAAGGAAACCGUUCAAAAAUAUGGCGGCUCUUCAUCAAUACUAGCAAUUGCUGAUCGUUUCCUCUAUGAAGUUAGCAAUAUCUCUCGAUAUGAGCAGCGACUACGAUGUUUAUUCAUCUUAACAACUUUCAAAGAAAGACUCGAUGAUGUUUCUACAAAUAUUCAAGCCAUAUCGAACGCUUCAACAUCCGUUGCCGGCAGUAAACGUUUCAAAUCCCUUCUUCGACUGAUUUUGGCAGUAGGGAAUUACUUGAAUUAUGGGAAACGUAAUGGCAAUGCUUCAGGAUUUACACUGGAUUCGCUACGUGUCUUAACGGAUGUACGUUGCUCGUCGCGAUCUGAUCAGAAUCUUCUGCACUAUUUGAUUCGUAUCGCUGAUGAGAAAUUUCCUGAAAUCAACCGUUUAAAACGUGAUUUCUGUGGUGUUCAUGAAGCAGCAAGACAUAGUCGUGCCGAGAUCGAGCAAGAGCUUCAAUCGUUACGUGGUUGCUUGGCGAAAGUAUCCGAAGAAUUACGCCACCGAGAGCACAGCAUAGUUGCUCAAGCAAGGACCUCUGAAGGGGAAGGAGCGAAAAGCGAAAACGACGAUCGAUUGGUACCCGUACUGUCGAAUUUCUUCACAGCCGCAACCAAAGAUUUCCUAGAUGUUGAUCGACAGUUCAAGGACAUGAACACAAAGGUUCAUUUGCUUUGUUUGUACUUUCCAUUAAGACAAAUGAGUUCAUUGAAGCAAAUUAUCAGCGGAAGGUGA